UGUCAGUCUCAGAUUGUUUAUCAAACAUCGUACCUUUACUGGAUAUCGUUUAUUGCAAGCCAUUCGAGCUAUUCAGUUCUCGUCUGGAUUUUGCUCGUGAUACACGCGAAUGCAUCAAACUACUACUAGCUAGGAGAAGUGAAUGAGCAGUGCUGAAAAGUUGCAUCGCGUGUGGUUUGAUAAUAGCGCUACAGAGGCUGUACUUGGUGUGCGCAGUACGCGAGAAAGAAGGAAUCGACCCUUGAAUAUGUAAGAAAUCGUCAAAAUGUGCGUUGCAGUGAACUAUUCUCCAAACAAGUGCUAGGUUAAAAUUCAACAACGUAGUUACAAGUUGUGAAACAGAACGUGCUAAUCCGAAGAAAAUCAUUUUGAGGCGCUAAAGUGCUAGAAGAUGGAUAUCGCCGCUGCCGCUUCUGGCGGUGUGGUUUCGAGAGUGGCAAGGGCGGGCAGCAUGUUAGUGGCAGCUAUGGCUGAAAAUGUGACUGGCGGUACCGCCAUGGAUGAUCCAUAUGUAACCACUAUGGUACCGCCGGGAGUACCAGCGAAUAAUAGCAUCGACGGCGGUGGCGAUGAUGAUCAACCGAGCAUUUCUAUGGACAAUUUGUACCCGGCGUUGGUGCAAUGUUUUGCUAUCAUCAUUUGUGGCUACCUAGCCGGGCGGCUCAACAUCAUCACCAAUACCGAAGCCAAGGGUCUCAACACCUUCGUCGGCACGUUCGCCCUACCGUCGGUCAUAUUUCUAUCGCUGGCCGAGCUAAACUGGAGCACGGUCAAUUGGAACUUUCUGCUCUCGAUCCUGAUAUCGAAAACGAUCGUAUUCCUCGCCGUCGGCGUCAUCUCGCUGCUGGUGGCCCGACCCAUCAACUACGGCCGCGCCGGAAUACUUGCCAUUUUCUGCACCCAAAGUAACGACUUUGCCAUCGGUUUUCCGAUCGUGUCGGCGCUCUACUCAAAGCUGCACCCCGAAUAUGCGUCUUACAUCUACCUGUUGGCGCCCAUUUCGCUGGCCAUUCUAAACCCCAUCGGAUAUGUGCUGAUGGAGAUCUCCAAAAUUAGAGCGAAAGCGACGGAAGAAACUCAGACGCUCCAACAAACCCGUCGCCCAUCCAUACCACCCUGCUCACAACUGGCCGACACGGGCGGCUCCAAUCGCAAGUUCCUGAAAGGUAAAGUUCUAGUCGUCAUCAAAACCAUUGAGUCGAUCUUCUUCAAUCCGGUGCUCUUCAUGACCCUUCUGGGCGUAAUCGGAGGCCAGAUCUUCCGCAAUGGCAUCCCAACCGUCCUCGCCAGUAUCCUGCAAUCCUUGGGCAAUUCUUUCUCGGCGACAUCCCUGUUCCUACUCGGUCUAAGAAUGGUGGGCCAAGGCGCUACCCUCCAAGGUCCGGGCCUCAUUCUGCCGGGCAUUCUGAUCCUGGUGAAACUUCUAGUCCUUCCGUUAGUAACUCGACAAACCGUGAACAUAAUAGGCGCCGGAGCAAACUUCUCCGAAACGACGGAUCUCAGCACGUUCGGGUUCCUGUACGGGACGUUUCCUUCGGCUCCGGGUGUUUUCGUAAUUGCCUCACAGUACAACCAAGACGUGGAUCUGAUCGCCAACAGCAUGGUGGCGUCAACCUUCAUCAGCGCUCCUCUGAUGUUCAUCUCCGCCAAGAUGAUCACCAUUACGAAUCUCAAUCCGUCCGACUACUUGAACGAGCUGGACAAAUUUGCGUUCGACAUCAGCAUCGUGGCCAUGUGUUGCUCUCUCUGGAUGCUGUUGUUGUUUACUCUGACGCGCAGGAUGAAAAAGAUGCCACACAGAGUGACGAGCUGUUUGAUCAUAUCGCAGCUCAUCUGUAAUAUCGGAGUGAUCAUGUGGUCGACGUUUGAGCAGAAUUCAGGCUGGAAGAUGUAUCUGCAGUUCUACUUUUUCACGAUCGGGUGCUACAGCAGUCGGCUGUGGACUGCAUUUUUGGCCAUCACGAUCCUGUUUCUGCAGUGUCGAAGUUUGUGCUUCGUGUUGAAGCUGUGGCCUGUGUUUAUUGCCGUCGCUUGGGGUGUACCAACGCUCGUCGUAUCGCUUCUGUACUUAUUGGACAACAAGAACAUUACCCCAACAGAAAAGCGCAAUCCAAGUUUCCAGUACGGAAACGCACAAGCCGCAGUUGCCGUAUUUCUUCUAGUCAUGUGCUUUAUCGUCACGGUAGGCUGUUUGAUCUUGCACCAGCGGUUCAAGAAAAGGCAUGACAAGUAUAUGACGCUUUCGCGAGAAGUUUCCUCGCCGGAAACGGACACCAGUACUCUGGGAGCAUCUUCGGUGACUAACCUAAUCCAGGAUGGCCCGGGUGCUGCAAGUCACAAUGGUAGUGCGCUGCAUAGACGACGACAGUCGGUCACUUCAAGUGAUGAUGAAAUUCUGCGCGGCAGUGAUACCGGAUGCGGAGGAGCGAAUAGUGGUGGAUGUUGCAGUACUGGGGGCGGUGGUGCUAAUGCAAAUGGUGGCCGCACUGUUGUAGACAUUGAAGAUCUGGUUAUUCAGCGGAGCAUAAAUAAUGAUAUUGAAAACGAGGAAACUAUCACCUCCAGUGGAAUGUGCUCGGCGCAGUUCAACUGCCCGUCCACCUCGAAGCAGCAGUGUCAGUCGCUGAUCGAACAUUACCGCGAGCAAGCUCGCGAUGGACUGGAACCCUUGGAGUUCGACAAAUCCGUCGAUGAACAUCAAACGCUCAAACACAUGGUCCUCUUGAUACUGCUCCUCUGCUCCAUGUUUGUUGGCUUGGCGCUCUCGGUUUGGACUCUUAUCAUGGAAGGCAUGUCCGGGAUCUACGUUGAACUGACUUUCCUGGAUGCUUUCCUCAACUUUGGUCAGAGCAUCAUUGUGCUUGCCGUAUUUAUUACCGACACUGGUGAACUGUUGCUACCGUUGAUGAAGUUUUGGCGCAAAAUCUGGUACGGAGCGAACCUGCUUCAGCUACCGAUUUGGAGCGAAUUGUCAGCCGAAACUCGACACAUCUGCGAUCAGUUCACGACGCACCAUCUGGACAAUUGUCGCAAAGCAAUCGCCAGAGACAAGAGAUGGCGCAUCCGAAUCUACAAGAAGGUGUUCUACGGUAACGUGUUUGUUGAUUGGCUCAUCGAGGUUGGCCUGGCCAAGGAUCGCUCGGAUGCAACGCACUAUGCCCGCCGCUUGAUCGAUGGGCGUGUUUUGCGGCACAUCAACAAUGUGUAUCACUUUCACGAUCGCAAUCUGCUCUACACGUUCUGUGAUCGUUUGUAGAUUAUCAUUCGGUUGAUCGAAUGAUCCCGUUAAGUAACGAAGAUCAUCUGGAGUGCUUUGCUCUAUCUCGCAGCAGCCAGUAUUUCUAGGGAAUUAAGCCAAAAAAGCGCAGCUGAUGAAUUAAUAUUUACUAGGAAUAGCAAGGAGGUACAACCAAGAACUCCAAGAGUUUUCUCUUCCCAAAAACAUACGGAAUGUAACUGGUUACCAAAAACAGAAAGACGAUAAUGAAAAGUAUUGUGAUGACUACGGCGGUACUCGUAGAUUAUUUGCUUAGUUUGUUUUAUCUUAGUGCGAAUUUUGUUAAAUAAUUCUUAAUUUAGAUAUUUAUUUCUCUAUGACGUUCGAUUCAGCAGCAUUCUUAUAAGAAAGUUGAGUGAUUGUAAAUAUUUUAAUCUGUCUAAUGGAAGGACCACAGCAGAAUGGAACGUGUAAAUUUUGUAUGGAAAUUUUUACAAGUAUAAUGGCAUACGCUUUAAAGGUUCUCAAUCAAUACACAAUUCUUAGUCUGAUACAAGCUACAAACAGAAAUAUAAGAAUAUACAUAUUUAUGAUAUUUAGCAGCUUAAA